CUCUCUCUCUCUCUACUCAUCUCCAUCUCCAUAAUAUGCGUCUAGUUUGUAGUUGUUUCUCUCUCCGAUUUUCUCUCUCUACCUAGCUAGGUUGCUGCGGUUUUCCCUCAAUUGUGAAUCUGUUGCUUUUACAACGCACUAUCUCACAGAUUUCACUGCCUUGGUUUCUCGUUUGACCACUCUUGCCUUUCACCUUUUUCUUUCUCUCUCCCCCAAAGCGCUGCCUGUGGAGAUGGAAGGGGGGUUUUCCAUACGGGAAUAUGCUUCGAGGAUGAGGAGCAUAAACGUGGUGAACUGCUGGCCCUUCGAUGGGGAUUUCAGCGACCAAACUGUGAAAUCGCUGCUGCCUCCAAUCGUCGUCAAACGAUUCACCUGGUGGCUUGAUGAACUCACCUCCGAAACAGCCCACAAACUCACAAUUCAUUCUCAGAAACAGACCUACCAAAGGGGCGAAACGUCUUCUAGAAAUUCAGCCGAGGAGGGCGUGAAAGCGGGGAAACUCAAGUCACUCAAAGGGAAAAUGAGAGCCACCAAAAAGAGGUCAAUUUUGGAGAUAUUUGCGGUGGCGCCGCCGGCUAUAAACCCGGAGAAGGAUGGAGAUGAUGAUGAUAAUAAUCGAGCGUCGAGGAAGAUGAAGAAUACAGAUGCUAUCUUGAGGAAGGCGUUGAGAGCCGUGAAGAAAAUCAAGCGGAAGAAGGUGGAGAAACGGGGCGAUAAGAUCGGUGUUUCGGACAAGUUGUUUCAGGAAAAUCGUUUUAAACUUAAACUGCGGACUCAGAAAUCGACAGGAAACUCUAGUGUAUCAUACAGCAAGGAAGUAGACACUGACAUUCAUGAUUUCUCAUCCAUCCCCAAGAUGAAACCAAGACUACAGCAUUUGGGUCUGUAUAAGAAACUCGUGCCUUGUAAUUCGUCUAAGUUUAUUGAACAAAACCGACACCUGGAGCUUCCUGUGCGUAGUAUUUUAAAGAAUCCUGACAGAGAAUUUUCCCUAAAGCAGUCAAAGAACUGUAUCUUGCAGUUGAAUCCCCAGAAGGCAAACAAACAGGUCACUUUCUCAGAGAAUGGUGAAGUUCUUAGACUAAAUCAAAAACCAACUAAAUCUGUGGAAUGUUUUGUGAAGCAAAAGGAUUGUGGCUCCGAUGUAGGCAAUGCUGACUAUGCUGUAGAGUUGGAAAAAGAUUCAACUGUUUUGGAAACCAGUGGUAGUGAGGAUGCUUCUACUAGAACAGGAAAGGAAUCAGGUGCUGGACUUGAAACUAACGAGGUGUUCGCUAGCUUUGAUGUUGAUUCAACUACAUUUGGAAAACAGAAAUAUGAAGGGGAAUAUUCUACCAGAUCUGGAUGGUCAGAUAGACGUGCAAUGUGCAGCUUUAAUCCACAGUGGUCUGGCCAUGGCCUAGCAGAUGCUCCAGAUAAUACAAUGGAUGUCUUUUCUCCUAGGUUCUUUCACAUGCCUCAUGACGGGUACUACAAAAAUGGAAAUAUGAAGCUGAUGACAACCUCAUCAAAAACUACCUGCAGGAGACUGAACAAAGAUAUGGGGACUCCUCGUCCCAUAUUUCCUCCAUUGUGUUUCAAAGACUAUCUGAGAACACAUCCUGACGCUUCAGUAUCUCACCCGUCAAAUAUGAGAGGGGCAUACAAACUAACUCAAGCUUCUCCUGAAAACACAGUUGUAAAUUGUGCUCAUUCUAUCCAUUUUCAAACAUUUCCACGUCUUUCUCCCAAUGAAAUGUUUCAGACUUUCUCAUCACUACCAGUUGGGAGCCAGACUGUAGAUGUUCGUGGAAGAAGGAUCAAUAGCAUUGACGAGGAGUUUGUUGGAUUACCUCUUAACUCACAAGGAGAGUUGAUCGCGUUGAACUCGAGUGCCACGAGGGAGGCUGACCACAUGAUGAACUCAAAUGUUAGCGGUGCUCAGUGUAUUGGUUUAUCUCUGCCAAGCAACGCCGUCUCAAAGUUCUCAGGCCAUGAUUCAGAGUACAGAGACUUGGAUAGUCAAACGUCCUCAAUGGGCCAGUUGAAUCUUUUCCCUGUCGAGAGCUACGUGAAAGAGAAUGCUGUUUCUGUUCUUCCAUCAAGAUUGGGCAUCAUUGAGUCUCAAAGAGAAAAUCACCACUUGGAUUUUCUUCAAACAAACUAUCAUCCCUUUCACAGUCGGGCAAAAACCAUAUGCAGAGGUGAAAAUCAGGUUCGGAGGUGUCCUGAAAAUGAGAAGUUUCAGUCAACAAUGCGUUUGAUGGGUAAGGAAUUUGAAGUUGGGGGAAGAAGCAUUCAAGGAUUUGAGGAUGGACGCAUGUGGAAGGAUAAGCAGAUCAUAGACGAGCUUCAUUAUCAAAAUGAUCCGAAUGAACCAUCUUUUAGGCAGUUGAGAGAAACUGUUUUCUAUCCGUCAGAGAUAACAGUCAAUCACAGAUCAGAAAGCACGUAUCCUCUCCCUCACUUUGAUAGUCAAACUAGCUCAACGUGCACGAGCUUGUUUCUUACAAGAACAGACGACCAUGCUCAGAAAUUAUAUACUGGUGGCCUUUCUUCAGGUACAUUUUCUGAAGUUUAUAACAACAAGUGUCUGUUCUCUGAGCCCUAUGCCAACGGAUACGACUCUCAGUUGUUUACCCUUGAGCUCCCUACAGCAACGGCUCCAUAUCAGGAACUACAUUCUGAUAUGAAUCCCAGUGCCACUCAUCUGAAAAACAAGCAGAAUCUGAAUUACUCCCCAAAAUCGUCCAUCAAAUUUCCUUUCAUGCAUCCAGAUCUUGAUGGGAAUGCCAAUUCUUCCUGGCCUCCAAGAUCUUCUUUGGGCCUGCACCCUUCGUGCUUUGAUGUCUCAGAAAGGGCAGCACAGUUAGGUAACAGCCAAUCUUAUGCACUGGGACGCGAUCAUCCAUAUCUGAACCCUGGAACUAGUUGCGCAAUUAAUGAUUCAGUGUCCUUUCAACCCGAUGAUUUUUUCACGUUCAGUCCUUUGUCGUCCGGCUCUGCCUUGCAGUCUGUAGCUCCGUCUCCAUUGGGUCCUGUGCCUUACUAUUCCGGGGUUCUUCCUGUUUCUAAUAUGCAAAGAAAACUUGGAAAUCCAAACAUGAUCAAAGAACGGUUCAAAUCAAGGAUUGGAAUUAGAAGCCUUGACAUUGGGAAGAAAUUGAAUGCUCCCUUUAAGCCCUUGAAGAGGCCUAUCUUAGGAUUCCAUGAAGGUCAUCAACGUGCUGUUAGAAAACCAGACUCCUGCGUUGGCUUUGAGGAUACUGUUAAAGGUAUGGAAGGUGCAGAAUUUGAACCAUGUUCAGUUACACAGAGUCCAGGAUUCAUGAUGUCCGAUGAACAGGUUCCGACUAUUGAGGAUGGACAAACUAUUCCACCAUCGUCGGGUUCCUACGUAGAGAAUGCAAGAACCAGUCCCAUCAAGAUUACUGCUGGAGUGAAGCAUGUAAUAAAUCCUCUUCGGCAAAAGGAUCACGAUAGCACCAGCUCUACAGAUCACGACAUCUCUCUGCCUACUACUAACAUAGGUUUCAGAUUCUCAGAUUCUGAAAAUGCAGCAGAGAUGUUCAGGUGCUAAGGAUAUGUUUCGACCUUAACGGUGAAUCUUGUAAUGUAAAUACUUGGUUCCACUUAUGCAUCUUCUACUUACAGCAGGAAAGCACCCGUGUUUAAGCAGUGAUUUCGUGCAAGUAGCUUGUUGAGCUGCGCUUGGAAUGCUCAACCAUGAAUAAUAGUCCGAGGAAGUGAUUUGAAACAUUGCGAUCAUGUGAGCGUUGAGUAAGCAUAGCAUCACGAAACUUCAAGGUGAAGACCAUGGAGCAAUCGUGUGCAAGCAACUAUUUGAUUUAUUUUCGAAGGUGGAAUAUGUUUUUGAAAUUAACCAAGUAGUGAACUAUCUUUGAUAACGCGUGGUUAUGUAACAGACUUAUUGCUGUGUUGAAUGAAAUGAUAGUGUUAA